AUGGCAAAACCACGCGCCAAAAACAAAUCUACCUUCCCAUCGCUCAACGAUGCCGAUUUCUCAAGAGCCGAUGCUGAUCAAGCGGCACUUGCACGGGUGAAGAAGAUUUGGGACAAGAACGCAGCAGGCUGGCCGGACGAUGUUCAAGCGACAGUUCUGAGGCUUUGCAAGCUGGCCAAGAGAACCCCAUCGAACUCGAACACCCCGAGUAGCCACAAGAUCUGGAAAGAUCAACCUUGGAACUUUGGUCAUUGGGUGGUGAUGAACAGUAUUUAUGACCCUGCGAAAUUGGCGAACAUGAAGAACAAGCUCCGAGACACCUUCCCAGGGGUCAACUUUGACGCAAUGGUAGGGCCUGGCAAACCAACUAAAAAGUCGUCGAAGUCCGACAAGGAUGGUGACGACACGAGCAGCGACGACACGAGCAGCGACGACAAGAUCAGCGACGACAAGAUCAGCGACGACAAGAUCAGCGACAACAAGAUCAGCGACGACAAGAUCAGCGACAACAAGAUCAGCGACGACGAGAUCAGUAAAGGCGAGGAGAAUAUCUCGGUAACUGCUGAGAAACAAGCUUCUCGCGCCGAAGAUGCAGAGCUUACGAAAAAGCUCUUAGAGGCUAUAGCCACCGGAACACAGUCUACCGUCGCCGACACGAAGUCUACCGUCGUCGACAAGAAGAACGACCAGGCACUUCCUACACCGGCUCCCCAGGAUCAAGCCUUAUUGUCACUGAUCCAGAAAGAGUUCUUCAAGGCUGUAGCCGACACACGGUCUGCCGUCGCCACCAAGAAGAUCGAUCAGGCACUUCCUUCGACUCCCCAGAAACAAUCUUCUCGCUCCACCGAUGACAAACACACACAAAGCGAUUCUAAAGGUCAGACCAGGAAGCGGUCCCAAGCGAGCGAUUUCGUCAACGAUACGGGUAGCAACUCGUCCUCAUCCAAAGAAGGGCAGAAAAUUUCCAAGAAGCCCAGGAAGUCCAAAAGGCUCAAGAAGCACAAGAAGCUCAAGAGAAAUGAGAUCACAGUGUCUCCUACGCCAUCUUCAUCGCGCCUCAAGAAGCAGGAAAAUGCCACGGCGGAGGCUGGUAGUGGAAGUCUUGUCGUUGAUGGUGGACAAGAGACCCAUCGAGAGAUCAAGAAUGAGCUAGAAGGUAACGAUCAACAAUCACGGGCCCCUGGGUAUCAUCUAGGACAUCACCAGCAAUCCAUAACCCCUCAGCAAACCAUGAUCCCUCAGCAAUCUAUGAUGUCUCAGCAGCCCAUGAUGCCUCAACAAUACCCUCCCCAAGCCCAAGGAUAUUGGGGAGGAUGGAACAGGGAUUACAAUCACACUCUUCCCUACUCUGGAAACCCUUACUUUCAAGGAGGGGCCUACCACGGUGGUAAUCACGAACCGACAUCGAUGAUGGAUACACGAAACCCAUACUCCGUACGAUCCUCUCCCGCGCCACGACACGCAGAUUAUGCUCGACAUUCUAUUGAAGGCCGCGAUCGCCAGAUGAGUGUUACUCCUGCUCGUAUGGAUGACAGCGAAUCUGUCGCAGUCGCUCAACUCCGCAAAGAGAUGAAUGUCAAAUUUGAGGCUCAGGAACAACGACACUUUGAGGCAAUGCUGAAUUUACGUACUUCCUUGGAAGGCUCCAUUGAAAGUCUCGCGACUGAAUUGAGAGAGCUCGAGAACCGAGUGGAGCGUAUUGAGCAGCGCUCAACUGGAGUUUAA